AUGAAACCCUCAAGAUACAUUGCUCUUCCCUUGGCUUAUGCUGUCUGUCUCGUGAUGCUUGCUAAUGAAGCUCAAGCAAAGGCUGCUACCACCAAAGUCGAAGAUGUGACCAAUUGGACCAAGGAUCAAGUUCAAGCUUACCUCGACAAGUACCAAAUCGCCUAUGAUAAGAAUGAUGAGAGUCUCUUGGACACUGUCAAACGCUAUCGUGAUGCCGCAGUGGCCAAUGCAGGUAUUUUUAUCAGUGAUAAGGCUGACAGUGUUACGCGUUUGGUGGAGGGCCUCAAGAUUAAGCUUGAAAAGCAAUACAAGCUGUCUGCCAACAAUGUCGAUGCAUUAUCCAAUGAUCUCUCUCAUGAAUUGAAGCAACUUGAAUUGAGUGGUAGUUUAACACAAGACAAGGUAAAGCAAGCUUUAGACAAAUACCAACACAAGGCUAUCAAGCAAAAGUAUGUCACUGCUGCUCAAUGGAAGGACAUCUCCAACGACAUCCAAGGCUCUUUUGCUAGUCCUAACUGGUAUCAACGUAUCUUUGGUGGUGGACCCUCUCACUCCAAGCUCUUUGCUGAAGACUCCUUCCACACAUGGCUCACUACCAGUGUUACUCAACGCUUGCAACAAAACAAAGACUUGACCAAGGCCGAAAUUGACUCUGUUGUUGACUCCUUGAAUAACGCUAUCACCACCACAUCCUCCUCUGUGCAAGAUCUCUCCAAGUUGGGCACUGCUGCUUGGUGGAAGCAAUUCUCCAAGGAUCUCGAGAAGUCUGCCAAGCUCAAGCAAAACCAAGCUGAUGCCGUUGUGGAAUCUUUGAAGGAUGAAGUCAACGCCUACAAGAUCUUCGCUAUUGACUAUGCUGGUGAAACUGCUCAACAAACACAAAACUACUUGUUGAAUGCUGCACAAUAUCUCAAGGACGCUGGUUACGAUAUCUAUCAAAAGGUGGUCCAUCCUUUGCAAUCCAACCCUGAGAAGGAAGCUAAAGUAAGUGGUGCUCUCUACACUGCCUCCAGUGCUGCUGCAUCUGCUACCAGUGCUGCCGGUGCUUCUGCUUCCAGCCUCCAUGCUGCCGCUACUGACGCUGCUGCUGCUGCUACUGAUGCUGCUGCUUCUGCCACUGAUGCUGCUGCCUCCUCUGCCUCUGUCUUGCGCGCCCAAGCCAGCGAAUCUGUCUAUAAUGCAAAGGAUAACUUUGGCCGAUUCUGGCGUCAAAAGGAAUUAGAGACCUACAAGAAGAUUGGUUAUACUGAAGCCCAUAUCAAUUGGAUUGAAAACUACCUCUCCAAGACCUUCCACGCCAAUACCGACUUUGCAAAGGAUACUGUGCAAAAUGCAAUCCGCACUAUUCGCCAAUAUCUCGUUAACGCCAAGGUCCAAACAGCCGCCCACGUCGAUAGUCAAUUAAAGUCCAUUGAAGGUCUUAUUGAAUCUUGGAGACGCACUGUUGUCCGUGAUGAAUUGUAA